AUGGAUAGCAGAUCUGAAGAAAAAGUGGUGGCUCGUCGGAGCAGAUAUGUCGUGGAAGGAGGACAUGACUACGACUGUGGUGGUUCACCACAACAACGACAAAGACGAGACAUCAGUGGUCCUAGAUCUAAAACUCCGAUGACGGAUUUAAGUGUGAUCGCCGGUAGUCGGAGGCUACGACGUGGAGGUGUCAUCGGCGGCAGUACUAGUGGUGAGGCGGCCGUCAAUGGUGGUAAAUGUGGUGGUGUUCAUCAGAGAUGGCUGAAGGAGACCAAAAUUGAAACCCAAAAGAAAUUUGUUUUGUUCUCACCCUUCUGCAACAAGUUUGAGAGAAAUAAAAGGAGGGUUGUCAGUUGUCCCGAGGAAGAUAGAAUCAGUAAGUUGCCAGAACAAUUGAUAGACUCGAUCUUAGAGCUGCUCCCCAUUGAAGAUUCUGUAAGGACAAGCAUUAUAUCAGAAAGUUGGAGGUACAGAUGGACCACAAUGGGGGCACUGGUUUUUGAUAAACAUUUCUCCAAUAAAUUUGCAAACAAUGGAGCUUUUGGUCGUAAUGGGUUUAUAAGGAUCAUAAACCAAGUCUUGUUCCUUCACAAGGGUCCUAUCUUGAAAUUUCAUCUCCAUAUACCAAACAUAUCUCUUGAUAGCUUCCAAGAAGUUGAUCAAUGGAUGUCAUUCUUAUCAAGAAACGGUGUCACCGAACUCCUCCUUACUAAUUUAAAUCAACGUUAUGAACUUCCUUCUUAUGUGUUUUCUUGUCUAGAGCUGACAAAGUUAAAACUGGUGAACUGUUUCUUCAAGACGCCACUUAAGUUUGAAGGAUGUCUCAAUCUUGAAGAACUUUGUCUGCAGGAUGUUGAUUUUGGGACUAGCUUGUGUGGAAAUAAGAUCAACCUACCACAGCUUAAGAAGUUGAUCCUUCUUACGUGCAAAAAUGUUUACAAUUUCAACAUUAAGGCUACAAAACUGUGCGUUUUGACUAUCGUUGCUUGUCGUGAUACCAUAUUGCUCCGGUUAUUGGACAGUUCAUGCCUUUUUGUGGCUGGGCUUGCUCUUAGGAAACCCAUACAAGAUUUUGUACGAGGUGAAAAAAUAAAUUUGGCCACAAUGUUGAGUAAGUUGCCCAGAGUUGAAUACCUUUUUAUCGACAAUUAUUUCCUUAAGUCUUUGGUUGCAGAAAAGAUUCCUAAAUUUCUUCCACGUGCGAUUAGUAGUUUAAAGCGUCUGUGGUUGUUUGAUUAUCAACUUGGUGAUAUGGAUCAACUUCAUGUUGCUCUUUGUUUUCUUCGAAACUCACUGAAUCUCGAAAAACUGUCUGUAACGCACUCUGAAAUGGAGUCUCGAGUGGAUGUGGGACCAGCUUCAAAUCAUUUGGAAUCCCCAAACUGUUUGGACUGUAUGUUGACUCGAUUGCAAACUGUGAAGAUAGAAUGUUUACAAGGAUCAAAACCGGAACUGCUUUUUAUAAAGCUACUUCUUGCUCAUUCGCCUUCUCUCCAGAACUUUACCAUCACGCCAAGUGAGAACACUGAUGCUCAAAAAAGAUUUGACAUUGCUAAAGAUGUGAUGCAGUUCCGUCGAGCCUCACCAAAAGCAAAAAUGAUCUAUUUGAACCCGGAGACAUAA